UCUUCUUCUUCUUCUUCUACCUGAUUGGGCCUAUGUUGGGCCUACCUUCUCCUGGGAAGACAUGGCCACCAGUCAGGAAUCCUCUCUUUGUUUACUCAUCACCGCAUUAUUAUGCCUGCUUGUAAACGCUACAGGGAUACAGAAGAGGCAGUCCUUCCACCAGCUCUCAAUCAAAAAUGGAAGACUUCUUUAACAAAUCUGUUUUUACAGUUUCAACAAAAAGCCAGUUUUCUCCUCUUGAAGUUGACUGUAAAUGUGAGGAGACUACUCGGAGUGGGGGUGCAGAACUAGAUUCAGCAAUGGGGCAAGCUGACUCUGAGCUUCAAAUAGAGGAAGAAAUAACAAGUAGGGAGAGCACCCAAUUAACUUUAAUUGCAAGAAUGGUUGAACACAUCUUCCAGCAAAUUCGAGGUAUCGCCUCCCAAAUAACUCAAUUAUCCCAAGAGGUCCAUAGAUUAUCUGUUAAUAAUAAGCAGGUACCAAUAGACCACCAAAGCACCAAAGCGAAAUGGCGUCAACAAGAGUAGACCCCUAAGCUCGACACAGAAUGUGUAGAGGUCCUUAAAAUCAACUCUUCUCAUCUAAUCUUACAACCAAAAAAGAUCUGCAUGACAAUCUGUCGAAGAUCAGAUCAAGCUCCUAACUGGAAAGGCGCCCAACGUGCCAAACGACAUCUAUCAGACUUACUUGGAAUUGGACUUACAGAGAUUGAUCUAGUUGGGACUGAAUCCCUGAAUACCACAAACCAAUUCCAAAAAACCAUGUUAACUUUUUCCUCUAACAGACUGCCCUUACUGAUCCACAAGUUGAAACCCAGAUUGUCAAGCAGAGGAGUUUUUCCAACCCAGGUAUUUCUCAAUUCUAUUGUCGUGCCCUUAUGCAAGAUGAGGACUAGGGCUACAGAGCGACCCACAAAACCAAAGCCUAGAUCCCCAAUGGAAGUGAUGACAUCACAAACAAAUUCGAUAAGCCAGGAGGAAAAAGACAUGCCCGGGUUGAAUUCGCAGAAUCAUGCUCAACAUCAAUAUAACCAGGAGGGCCAAAAGGAACAGCCAAUUUCUCUAGAUAAUCAACCCCAGGAAUUUCAGUAUGCCAUAAAUCCUUUGAAAGAUGAUUUCCUCAACUCCUUUAGGAACCUCUCUCAGGAAAAGCAACAAACAGUUAUCAAGAGACUUGACCUUAUGAGCCAGACAUUGAAAGAGAACAAAGAAUCGGAGGUAGAGACUGAUAACAGACCCAAUGUCCAUAACUGCUUGAUAUCUACAAAACCACUGGAGUUCUGGACAAAGAUGAGACAUUUAGAUGAGGAGGAGUUAGGAACUACGCUUAAGAAAUCUCUGCUGGUGAAUAAUUUGCAAAGUAAAGGUCCAAUGAACACAAAUGUGAGCACUUCAUGCGCAACGACUGAAAUUAUUGAACAUCUGGAUCACACUACUAGUAUAAAUGAUACCCUGUUGCCUCAAAAAUUGGCAAACUCUAAAAGCACAAUGACCAGCAAUUUACUAAGAGGAAAACACUAUAAAACAAUCAAACUUCUAUCUUCUAUCAUGGAAUGUAACAAGGUGGCUGAACAAGAUUCAAGACAGUGAUUUCUGUUCCGACUUACAAACACAUGAUAUCAUUUUCCUGCAAGAAACCUGGGCAAAAGAAGGUACUAUGGUUGAAUUACAGGGUUUUACAAGUUACACCCAACCAGCACUUAAAACCACAAAGCACAGAAGGCCUAGUGGGGGGCUGGGAGGGCUGGUGUCAACAUCUCUUAAUGUAACAAUUCAACUGUGCCCCUUGCUGACCACCCCUAAUUUUUUAGUAUUAUCCCUCUCUGAUAGUCUUCUGAGAAAUAUUGUAUUUGCGUGUAUAUUCCCCCAGUAAAGUCCUGUGGGGAACUGAGUUCAUAUUGGGAAAGACUUGACCAACUACUCGAAAGUAUAGAUUCUUUGUCUCCCAACCCUCGGUUUGUCUUGGGGGGUGACUUCAAUGCCUGGAUUGGCCUUGUCUCCCCACAAAAUAUAAUAUUAUUUGGACUAAACUUGGAGGACGAACCCAAAAUCUGCCAGAGGGCAGCAAUGGACACCACCUCUAACCGCGCUGGGAAAUACCUCUGUGAACUUAUAAUUAAGGACAAUCUUUUGUUAUGUAAUGGGCACGGACAAGGGGAUCAGGAGGAGUAUUUUGCUUUUAUUUCCCCCAGUGGAUUUACUAGCACCAUACAUUAUAUCCUAACAUCUAAUAAUGUGCCAGUUAAUUGAGACACCCUUAGGAUAAUCCCCAGAGCUGUAAGUGACCACUUUCCACUUGAGUUAUCUCUUGAGCCAUUUGUUUCUCCCGCUUUCCCUAAAAUAUUGGAUGAAACGGAAUAUCUGAUACUUGGAAACAGAAGGUUAAAAUGGAAUGCACAAGUCCAGGAAAAAAUGAUCCAGAUCCUGGAUUCUCAUGAGUUUGCUUUAUUAAAGGGGGAAAUGUUGUUAGAAUCAGGAAAUGUAAUCAGACUCUAUGAGAACAUAAUUAACCGAAUGCGCCCCCUGAUGACCACAACCAGUGUGAUCAAAAAUAAAAAGUUCAAAAGACAGACAUGAUUCGAUAAUGAAUGUCAGAAUAGUAAAAAGUCUAUCUAGGGAACUUAGAAAAUUGAAGUUAAAGCACAAUAAGCACAAUCUUGCUCUACAAGCUGAGGUAGCUCAAUUACGAUACAGUUAUAAACUAUUACUUAAAAGUAAGAAACAAAUAUAUUAUGAGCAACAGUGGAAAGCACUGGGAGAUGCAGCACUUCAAAAGGACUCAGGGAAAUUUUGGUAUCUGGUUGCCCAAGGUACACCAAACUGUAUGUUUCUCACUAAACUUUGUACAUAAUUGUCUAUUGUAUUAUUUAAUAUUACUUUUAAUAUAUUAGUGGCCCCGUGGUGAUUUUAGCUUAUAAAUUUUAUUGUCUAAUGUUUCAAUUUGUAUAUUAAGGAAUUUCUAUAGCUUUGUGCAGAUUAGGUCAUGUUUUGACAAUGCAAAUAUUUUACGUUUUUGUAUCAAACUAGUAUAUAUUUUAUUGAAUGACAUUGUAUACAUUGCAGCAGCCUUUGGCUAUAAGCAAUAAACUUGACUGACUGACUGACUGAUUUGGUCUGAACAGGGCAGUGUGUGCAGAUCUGCCAGGUAUUCCAUAGGCAUCUGAUAGGACACUGUGAAAACAGGGUGCUGGACUAAAUGGGCCACUGGUCUGAUCCAGAAGCCUCUUAUUCAAAGCACAUGACCUCCCUCCAAGAAUCCUGGGAUUUUAAAAGGUGCUGGAAUUGAGGCUUUGUGGGAGGUAAACUACAGUUCCCAGGGUUCUUUGGGAGAAAUCAAGUGCUUUAAAUGUGUUUUGGAGUCCCUAAGAU